ACACUCUCCUCCCGGAACUGUAGGGGGCUCCAGCUCAGAGACUGAAGGCGCUCUCGGAACUACAAACCUCAAGGGACUUCGACAGCAUUCCCGUCAGGGAGCAUUGAAAGAGCUACCCACCCGUCUCGUGUGGGGCCUGAGGAGGAAAAAUGGGAAGUUUCAGGGUCUAGAGCACAGAUGGUCUUGCCGGAUGGAGAGGGAAGAAAUGAGGAAGACAGCAGACAGGGCCAGCCUGGCUCGGAAGCCACAGCAGUGGGAGGGGAUGAAGCAGAAGAAUUAAGUGGACAAGGUGGGCGGCCUGUUCGCACCGCAGGCCUCAUGGAUAACCAAGAGGACAAUGGCGCCACUGGCUGUGACCAGGAGAAUGAGAAGCAGCCCAAGGAGCCAGUUCUCAAGGACAUGGGGACUACCGAGGAUGUGCAGUCUGCACCAGAGCUGGUAACCCGUAUGCACCCUAUGCCACUUAGAGUGUGUCGUGUAGAGCCGAUUUCAGUUAGAGUUCCCCGGGUACAGCGUAUACAACGUAUGGUGCCCCAGGUACAGCCUGUACCACGUAUGGUGCCCCGUGUACAGGCUAGGCCACCUAUGGUGCCUCGUGUCCAGGCUAUGCCACAUAUGGUGCCCCGUGUACAGCCUAGGCCACCUAUGAGGCCCCAUGUACAGCCUAUGCCACCUAUGGUGCCCCGUGUACAGCCUAGGCCACCUAUGAGGCCCCGUGUACAGCCUGGGCCACCUAUGAGGCCCCAUGUACAGCCUAUGCCACCUAUGGUGCCCCGUGUACAGCCUAGGCCACCUAUGGUGCCCCGUGUACAGCCUAGGCCACCUAUGAGGCCCCGUGUACAGCCUAUGCCACCUAUGGUGCCCCGUGUACAGCCUAGGCCACCUAUAAGACCCCAUGUACAGCCUAGGCCACCUAUGAGGCCCCACGUACAGCCUAUGCCACGUAUGGUGCCCCGUGUACAGCCUAUGCCACCUAUGAGGCCCCGUGUACAGCCUAUGCCACGUAUGGUGCCCCGUGUACAGCCUAGGCCACCUAUGGUGCCCUGUGUACAGACUGUGCCAUGUAUAAUGCCUCAUGUACAGGUUAUGCCACGUAUGGUGCCUCAUGUACAGCCUAUGCCACCUAUGGUGCCCCGUGGACAGCCUAUUCCACAUAUGGUGCCCUCCGUACAGCCUAUGCCACGUAUAGUGCCCUGUAGACAGCCUGUGCCACCUAUGGUGCCUCGUGGACAGCAUAUUCCACAUAUGGUGCCCUCUAUACAGGCUAUGUCACCUAUAGUGCCCUGUGUACCGCCUAUGCCACCUAUGGUGCCUCAUGUGCCGCCUAUGCCACCUAUGGUGCCCUGUGGACACCCUCUGCCACCUAUGGUGUCCCAUGUACAGCCUAUGCCAUCUAUGGUGCCCUCUGUACCACCUAUGCCACCUAUAGUGCCUCAUGUACCACCUAUGCCACCUAUGGUGCCCCGUGGACAGCCUAUGCCACCUAUGGUGCCCCGUGGACAGCCUAUGUCCCCGAUAGUGCCCCGUGGACAGCCUAUGCCACGUAUGGUGCCUAAUGUACAGCCUAUGCCACGUAUGGUGCCCCAUAUACAGCCUAUGUCACCUAUGAUACUGCGUGGACAGCCUCUUCCAUGUAUGGUGCCCUGUGGACAGCCUAUGCCACGUAUGGUGACCUAUGUACAGGCUAUGCCACCUAUGGUGCCCUCUGUACAAUUUAUGCCCCCUCUGGUGCUCUCUGUACAGCCCAUUCUGCCUAUGGUUCCCUCUAUACAACCUAUGCCACCUAUGGUGCCCCAUGUACAGCCUAUGCCACCUGUGGUGCCCCGUGGACAGUCUAUGUCACGUAUACGGCCCUGUGUAAAGCCUAUGUCAUGUAUGGUGCCCCAUGUACAAGCUAUGCCAUCUAUGGUGCCCUCUGUACAGCCUUUACCCCCUAUGGUGCCUUCUGUACAGCCUAUGCCACCUAUGGUGUCCUGUGGACAGCCUUUGACACCUGUGAUGCCCUCUUUACAGCCUAUGCCACCUAUAAUGCUCCAUGUACAGCUUGUGCCAGGCACUAGGCCCCAAGUACAGCGUGUGACAGGCACAAUGCCCCGUGUACAACCUAUGCCAGGUAUGGUACCCAAUAUACAGUCUGUGGCAGUACUGGUGCUUGAAGUACAGCUUAUGCCAUAUACGGCACCCCAUGUACACCCUAUGUCAGUAAUAGUGACUGGUACACAGCCUAUGCCCAUCCCUGUGCCCCAUGUACAGGCAGUGCCAAUUAAUAGGCCCUGGGCACAGCCCAUGCCUAUUCCUGUGCCUCACAUACAGCCUAUGCCUAUUAGUAGGCCCAGGGCACAGCCCAUGCCCAUUCUGGCACCACAUGCACAGCCUAUACUAGUCAUUGUGCUCUGGGCACAGUCUAUUCCCAUUCCUGUGCCCCAUAUACAGCCUAUGUCACUCAGUAGGCCCUGGGCACAGCCUAUGCCCAUUCUUGUGCUCCAUGCACAGCCUAUGCUAGUCAUUGUGCUCUGGACACAGCCCAUGCCCAUUCUGGCACCACAUGCACAGACGAUACUAGUCAUUGUGCUCUGGGCACAGUCUAUGCCCAUUCUUGUGUCCCAUAUACAGCCUAUGCCACUCAGUAGGCCCUGGGCACAAACUAUGCCCAUUCUUGUGCCCCAUGCACAGCCUAUGCUAGUCAUUGUGCUCUGGGUACAGUCUGUGCCCAUUCCUGUGCCCCAUAUACAGCCUAUGUCACUUAGUAGGCCCCGGGCACAGCCUAUGCCCAUUCCUGUGCCCCAUGUACAUUAUAUGACAGUCACUGUGCUCUGGGCACAGUCUAUGCCCAUUCCUGUGCCCCAUGCACAGCCUAUGCCAAUCAGUAGGCCCUGGGCACAGCCUAUGCCCAUUCCUGUGCCUCAACCACAACCUAUGACAGUCACUGUGCUUUGGGCACAGCCAAUACCAGCUAAGUUGCCUAGAAGACCACAUAUGCCAAUGCCUGCUGCUCAGCCUAUGCCAGCCAGGGUAGCUUGUGAACAUCCCAUACCACUUCCAGUGCCCAGUGUGCAGUCUAUGCCACAUUCUGUGAGCAAUAUGCAGCCUGUGCCAGUUACAAGACCGCAUUCACAGCCUGUGCCAGUUACAAGACCGCAUACACAGCCUGUGCCAGUUACAAGACCGCAUACACAGCCUGUGCCAGUUACAAGACCGCAUACACAGCCUGUCCCAGUUGCAAUGCACCAGGUACAAUCUAUGAGAUUUACAGUACCUCCUGUACAGCCUCUGCCAGUUAUGAUGUCUAGUGUAUGGCCUAGGCCAGGCGCAAUGCCCCAUGUUCAUCCUGUGCCAGUUAUGCCCUGUGUCCAGCCUAUUCCAGUUUCAGCGUCCAAUGUACAGCCUGAGCCAGUGCUGGUGCCUCGCCGCCAUCUCCAUGACAGAUUUACAGACCCAGAGCUGCAGGAGCUGGAACGCGUUUUCCAGAGGAAUCACUAUCUCAGUGCUGAAGAAAGAAAACAGCUGGCAAGGGGGAUGGGCGUGAGUGAGGCCAAACUGCAGAGAUGGUUUAAGAAGAGGAGAGAACACUUCAGGAGAGAACAAAGUCAGUCAGGUGGUGCUCCUCCUGGGAAUACUCCACCUCUCUCUGAAGAUGGCGCAGGAGCCCUAGUGUACCACCCUUGACCUAGAGCCACUGGCAGACGCCUGCUUUCUUCCACCAACAUGUUAUUGCCUCUUUAUCCCCUAAGCACUUGUAUUUGAAAUAAAUAGAUUCUCUGUUUA